GGCGUCAAGACAUUCAUAUUAAGCUAACGGCUUCAUCAGUGACCGCUGCGGUCUAUGCGGGGUUUACAGUGUCCGUCUUAGUAGGAGUACGAUAGUUAAUUAGAAAAUGGCAUUACUAACGCCGUUAUUCGCCUUCCUGUACCAUCUCCCGCAGGUGUACAAGUGGCUGCUGAAGCCCUAUUAUGUAGCUUCUCUCUUCAUGUCUAUAGCGUUUCUGGCUGUCCGCAAAACGCCUGGAAUCUGCGACCAUCUGGCCACACAGCGAGAGGACGGCAACUCCUGCGACUUCGACUGGAGGGAGGUAGAGAUCCUUAUGUUUCUCAGUGCCAUUGUAAUGAUGAAGAACCGACGAGCAAUAACUGUGGAGCAACAUGUGGGGAACAUCAUUCUGUUCAGCAAAGUGGCCAAUGUGAUCCUGUUCUUCAGACUGGACAUCAGGAUGGGACUACUCUACCUAACACUUUGCAUAGUGUUUUUAAUGACCUGUAAGCCUCCUCUUUACAUGGGACCAGAGUACAUCAAAUACUUCAGCGACAAAACUAUUGAUGAUGAACUGGACAGAGACAGUCGUGUGACGUGGAUUGUUGAAUUUUUUGCUAACUGGUCUCCUGAGUGCCAGUCCUUUGCUUCUGUCUAUGCUGACCUCUCUCUGAAGUAUAACUGUGCUGGCCUCAAGUUUGGCAAAGUAGACAUUGGACGCUAUGGAGAGAUUUCCAAGAAGUACAAGGUGUCAGCGUCUCCAUUGUCAAAGCAACUUCCAUCCUUGGUGUUGUUCCAGGCAGGGAAGGAGGUGAUGCGGCGCCCACAGGUGGACAAGAAGGGCAGAGCUGUAUCCUGGAGCUUCACUGAGGAGAACAUCAUCAGAGAGUUUAACCUGAACGAGCUCUACCAGAAGUCCAAGAAGGUCAUCAAGACCAAAGGAGACAAGGUCAGCCAGUCCCAGUUCCCCCCGGUGCCUGAGGAGGAGGAGCCAGAGCAGCCCGGAGCCGAUUUCCAAGUGAACGAUACUGAAUCCAAGAAGGACAAAUAAGAUGAUUUGUAGCUCUCAGCUUGGACUUCUGGAUGAAACAUGUUGGUCCAGGUCAGCUAACUCCCUCUCCAGCUUGUCUUCAUGCUCCUCCUCUAAGUGUUCAGUUUGUUCACUUGUGAAUCUGCCUUGCAAACUACCCGGACGUAUUAUUUAGUGGUGUGGCAAGAAUGAACAGCAGAAGUACAGCAUUCACGUUCAUGUUGAGUGAAAAUUAAAUUAGCACAGUGCUUUUGCACAUCGUAACACUAAUCUCUUUUAAUCCAGUAAUUUAACACUGGUUUCAGCCAGAGUAACAUAGUCUGUUUUCUCUUUAAAACAAAAUGAAAGAACAAGUAACAGUGUACACUUUAAUGGAGGAGAAAACUGAGACACAGUCAACCAGCUUUUGAUGGGGGUGCUAAUGCUAUAAAAUUCUCCAGUACAUCAGCAUCAGGCCUGGAACUGUGUUGUGCAGAAUCGACACAGCAUAUUUCUGCAGUGAAGUCUAAGGGCCUGCGAAGGGAGCAGUGAAUGUGAUGAUACUUCAUUAAUUUAGAUUUUUAUGCUACUAAUUUAAUUCAGAUUAGUUUUUAUUUUUACUCUUACUUAUGAUUUUAGCUGUGUCUUCCUAUAAAAUAAAGUAUAACUCAGCGGGACACACAGAACAGGCUGUUUUUGACAAUUCAUGGCAGUGUUCAACGGUACGUUCAGGCUCCUGGUGGUUUUGCUUUUGAAUGAAUGCUUCAAUGUGGGAGCGGUUCACACGUGCAUGAACACCACCGACACAUUAAUGGAUAGACACGCACAAGCAGCAGUGCUAUAUAUUUAACAUGUAUCCAAGAACGCAGCAGAGAGCGUUUAAUACGCAGUUUGUAAUGAGAAGUUAUGACUAAAACAGUUCUUUAUACAGCAGCAGUGAGCGAGGGAAGGGAGGGGGGUGGAGGGAUGGAAAUCAGUAGGAUGAUCAGAUUUGGUACCAAGGUUUAUUUCUUUCAUUGUUGGCUAUUUCACAGAUUCAAAAUCUUCUAACACUUUAAAGGUAAUACUGAAUGAAACUGUAUAUCAUUUUUAGUCGUUUAGCAUUUAGCAGUGUGGCUCUGGGGACAGCAAAGUCGGUCAGCCAGUUCUGCUUUCAGUUUGUCUUUGCUCAAGAUAGCUGACACGGUAAACAACAAGCCACUCUGCUCAUUUCCGUUAAUACAUUCUUGAUUCCUCUCGUCAACUCCUCUCUUUGAGUCUUCAUGCCUCCCACCAGUGAUGCUAGCGGAUUAGGCUAGGAAGAGACACGAGGUAACAGGUGUUUAACAAAACGAGACAUCCGUACCUCGAAGCAGUUGUUUCAAAGCAAUAAUUAGAAAUGACAUGUGGCACAGCGGCAUCAUCUGUCCAUUGUUGUGUUGCAGGUUGCUGCUGUAUUUUAUGAUUGCGCCCAACAUGGUUUGAAUGUGCCAGCUGUGUCACACCCCAUGUAUAUCAUCACAGGCACAGAAUAGACUUCUUCAAAGGAUAAAUCAGUACAUUCUGUUAAUCCUUAUUCAAAGGUCCUUUUUGCAAGCCACCUCUCUUCUCACUCCUCAAGAUGCAUUUUAGGAAUUGAAACAUCCUUUAAAGUGUUGCACUGACAUACAUGUGUGGGUCACAAGCAACAGGAUGGAGGACAGAGAAGAUGAGAAGGCUAAAAAUAGGGAAAUGAGAUGAGCUUAUAAUGUAAGAGUUGGUAAACAACAUGGUAUGACAGUUACUGUCAUGACUUGUUUAAGCAUGCUGACAUGAACAUUUACCUCAACCUCACAACUGCAGGCUAAAAGCUCUAACCUAUUCUCUAUUAUCGGUCACAAAUCAUCCACAACCCCAACUUUAUUGUAAGUGAUCCCACACCAGGUCCCAAGCAUGGUUUUGAGAAACUGUGAUUGUCAACAGAAAAACCUAUUAAAAUCUGUGUUAACUGGAACACAUCAAAAGUUUAACCUGAGUAUUUAAGUCUCUGGAUGGAGCCACAAAGCCUCCCACAAGCUCUAGUUUUCAAUCAGAGUCAUGGUAGCCAAUCAAAUUUCAUCGAACACAUUGAGCAAGCACUGAACAAAGCCUUUUUGCUGUGAACCUGUAUUUAGCAUAGUGAUAAACUGAGCGCAUAUUUCCAGAGGAUGAGAUGACCUCACAUUCCAGGAUUAUCUGACAGAUUGACACAGCUUUGUCUGUUUUUAAUAAAUUGCAUUUAAUAUACGAAUUGCCAAAAUGUCUGUUUCCUGGCAAGCUGCUGCUUCUUCUCUUUUUGACCAUAUAAACAUUGUUUUUGAGGCAUUUGGGAACAUUUUUAAAAUACUGUUAACUUUGCAUUUUGAAGACACUGAGUUUACUCCUGAUUCCUGUAUUAUUCCGCCUGUUUUUUUGUUUUGUAUUGUGUGUCUGUACAUACUUAUAUUUUGAAAUAGAUUUUACCUGUGUCAUGUUGCAUUUCAUUCCAGCUGCAUUUAGAUUUGUGUAUUUCUGCUCUUCAUGAUUGGAGGAGUUGUUGUAAAAGAAAAGUCUGGUCUGUUUUGUUAUUCAUGUAAUAAAACAAUGUGCCCAUGAA